AUGGCUACCGAGCCAAAGAGGCCUACUCUGAACGGCGAAUCUGCCUAUGCUAUCCCGAGAACCGCUGCAGAGUGGGACCGCCUGCAACUGUUGUAUGACGGAUUCCUCGCGUAUCAGAGAGGAAAGUUGUUCACCACGGACCUUGGAGCUCCCAAGCGCAUAUUGGAGCUAGGUACCGGUAACGGCGCGUGGGCAGUCCAAGCUGCUAUGGAGUAUCCCGACGCAGAAGUCGUGGCCGUCGAUAUGGCUCCACUGCACCCCUCGUUCGAACCCCCGAAGAACUUCAAGUUCGUACAGAUUGACAUACUCGAGGGCUUUCCGUUCGAGCCGGCGUCGUUUGACGUGAUACAUGCGCGCUUUCUUCUCAUCCACCUUCCAGAGCCGGAGAAGCAGGUGCAACGCAUCCUGAACCUCCUCGCGCCAGGGGGCUUUCUCUUGGUGGCAGAUUACGUGGCCUGGUCGAAUCACUCGCAUCAUGCACCGAUUCUAAGUGCGGCUGUCAAGACGCUCGAACAAAAGUGGCAAGCAAAUGGCAUGGCCCCGUGGUUCCCUGCGCGGUUGGGAAACAUUCUGCGCGCCACACAAGCAUUUGACGAGAUCAAUAUCAUGACCGUCACACUGCCAAUGAACCCAGCCCUCGUCAAUGAUCCUGCUUUGCGCAAGUUUACCACUGCAAUGCUGGGUAGUAUCACCGCCGCCUACCCCGUCUGGCACGGUGGGUUGAUCCCAACGGAGCAACACGAGGCGUACAUACGCGAAGUAACCCCCGGCGGGGACUGGUAUUGCGAACAUGACGUUCUGUUCGUAACGGCUAAGAAGAAGGCAGAGAAAAGACUCGCAAACGAGACUGUCAAGGCAAAGCUGUAA